AUGCUGCGUUCAUACAUCAAGGCUGCUAGGCUUCACCGUUGGCUCGCUCGAACAGAUUGUCCGCCCGCUAUCCAAGAGUGCAGGGCUCUGUUUGAUAAAGUAUAUGCCCCAAAGGGUGCUCCGGAUCCCAGCCAAGAGCUUGCCGAAGACCCUAUGGAUGAUAUUUUUGAUGGUAUUGUUUACUGCAGGGCAUCUACGCACAUGGGGAACAGCCAGAUUUUUUUCUAUCCCAACGGAGAUAAAUCAUUGACUCCUGUCGCCGCUAGCAUCAAAUAUAUCUAUGGUACGCUGACAGGAGAAAUGUUGUUUGCUGUACAGCGACAUCUCCCAUUAGACAACAGCCGUACUAUCGACCCCUUCUCGAUGUAUCCCGAUUUUCCAGCCAAAUUGUACUCGACCAACUUCCAGAGUCGUCUCGAAAAAGCCAAGGUGUCCUGGGUAGUCAGUCACUUCGCGCGGUGGGCGGUUUCUGACAGUCAUAUAGUGAUUCUUUCUGUAUCUCGUGAUUGA